AUGACUCCGCCUGGCAAAUGCUCGGACGAGCCAGUUCAACGACUCGCCGGACGGCCAUGCCCGAGAGCCGCUCAGACAAACCCGUGCGAGGACUCGUCAGACAGGCCGGUUCAACCGGUUAGUCUAGACAGUGUGACAUACUCGCGCUUGGCCUACGACCGCUCGCCGAUCGCGGUUGACCGGGUCUUCAACAAGGCGCUUGCGCUUCCGCACCGGUCGGACAACGACGAUCUGCGCAGCGGCCGUUUGCUCUCCGAUCUGCUACCCUCCUCCUCCUCCUCCUCAUUGGCGGACAGAUCUGGCUUGGAGGACAACCGGCUCAAACACCCCUUCCCAUCCGAGCUCGCCGACGAUCUUGAUCCAACGCUCCUGUCUCAACUGUCGCUCUCCCCGGCUAUAGGACCCGCAGAGCAAUUGGACCCCCCUGCGAUCUUCGUCGCCGUCGAGUGCCCGGAAAGGGCGGCCUCCUGGCAGAUCCGGCCGGACCUGUUUGGCCUGACGUCUCAUUCCGAGGACGGGUUGAGCGAGUCGACCUCCUCGUCGAGCUCGCAAGAGCCUCCCACGACGCCUGUGAUUUCCCAUACAGCCCCCCUUAUUCGAUGGAGUUGUAAGUUGAGGAAGAGUAUGUAUGGGAGCUGA